CGUCGGCCUGCGAUUUCAUAACAACAUUUUCCACCGACUGGAGCGAGUUCGAGAACAAAAGCAAAUAAUUUGUUAACUUUUGGCGAAAUAAAGAUAAAAAGCACCAAAAUGCGAUUAACAACGUUCCUCCAGAAGGUGGGUGAUAUGUCGAAAAAGUUCUCCAACUUUCCCGACUCGUACGUGAAGCGUUCGAUGGAACAGGUGUACUGGAAAACGCCCCGAGGCAAACCACAGUACCUGCCCCGUACGGUCGAGCGGCGAAAGUUCCGCUUCACCACGAACCGCCCCUGGACGGGCCAGUUCCGGCAGCAGAACAUGCCGGGCACGAUCCGGAAGAAGGUGUUCAUCGAACCGAUCGCCAACUGGAGCUUCUACCGGGGCGACCGGGUCGAGGUGCUGGUCGGCAAAGACAAGGGCAAGCAGGGCAUCGUCAGCCAGGUGAUCCAGGAGCGGAACUGGGUGAUCGUCAGCGGGCUCAACUGCCAUCUGCGCAAGGUGGCGGACGAGAAGGAGUACCCCGGCAUUAUGAUCAAAUCGGAGAGCCCGCUGCUCGUCACCAGCCAGGUGCAGCUGGUCGAUCCGUCCGAUCUGCAGGCGACGGCGAUCGAGUGGCGCUACACGGAGGACGGCGAGAAGGUGCGGGUGUCGACCAGAACGGGGCGCAUCAUUCCGAUACCGAAGGCGAACGAGGAAACGCACGACUACAAGACGAAGGGCACGUACAUCGAGCGGGAGAAGGACACACCGGCGGACGUGGUGAAGGAGAUCUCGUUCCAGCCCGCCCUGCGCACCUUCGAGAUGGACAUUAUGGAGCGGCAGGGCAUCGAGGAGACGCGCGUACCGCACAAAACGUACUGGUACUAGAGCUGGUUUAGAUUUUUACCUUUAUUUGUAGCAAAAGAAACACACUAAAGAGAGAGAGAGAGUACAGUUAUCGAGAA